ACCCGAGGCUUUUAGUGGGGUGUACCACAGACGGACCAUUCGUGCAAAGUAGUCCGUCUCAGCGAUAACGGAUUAAAUCAUAGCUUGUAUAAACUACUGAAAGCGACAAUAUAAGGUUGUGACAUUUUUUUUUAACCGUCUUUAUUUUCGACAAUGGCUUCACGCUCGCCAUCGUCUUCCCCUGAUUCUGCCACAGGCUCAGGUACCGACCCAGCUCGGCCUGAUACAGGAGAUCCUCUCGGCGGAGGAUCGGACUCCGAUUCAGAUCUAGGAUUAGGGAAAUUCGACUGUGGUGCAGGUGACCCUGGUUAUCGACUGGAAGGGGAGGAAUUGGAACACGAAUUUGAGGCAGCAGCAGACCGUCUUCGAGAUCUACUUCAGACGGCCAGCAGGGAACAACUGUUGUACCUGUAUGCUAGGUAUAAACAGGUCAAGGUUGGAAAGUGCAAUACAGCAAAGCCUGGGUUUUUCGAUUUUGAAGGUCAAAGAAAAUGGACAGCAUGGAAGCAGCUUGAGGACAUGAGUGCAGAACAGGCCAUGCAGGAGUACGUUUCGUGUGUAACUUCACUAGACCCAGACAGCAGUCAGAAGGAGAGAAGAGAGCGUAGGACAGGAUUUGGAGGUCCAACAGUCAGUUCCCUCUACCAAGAAGAGAUGAUCAGGGAAGAAGACAAGAACAUCUUUGACUACUGCAGAGAGAACAACAUAGAACACAUUACCACAGCUAUCAGUUCCAAGGAAGUGGAUGUCAACGCAAAAGAUGAGGAGGGCAGGAAUUUGCUGCACUGGGCCUGUGACAGAGGACACAAAUACCUGGUGUCUGUGUUACUGCAGAACAGCGCUGAUAUCAACAGCCAGGAUGACGAGGGCCAGACAGCACUGCAUUAUGCGUCUGCGUGUGAGUUUGCUGACAUAGUGGAGCUGCUCCUACAGGCUGGGGCAGACCCUUCCAUUAAGGACCAGGAGGGCUCUCUGCCCGAGGAGGUCACUGAAUCCAGCUCUAUCUCCUCACUGCUGCGCCAGUACACCGCCUCCAAGGGCUAGGCCCAGCUUCGCCAUCCCCUCCUCUCCCUCUCCUCCCCUCCAGCCUGUGCCCACCCCAGACCUAGCACACAGCCCUCUCAGUAAUGAUGAUGAUGUUUUUUAUUGUCACAUACACCGGAUAGGUGCAAUGGUCAUCCCACUCUGGCAGUUCAACCUGCCACCACUUCAUCGUCUCAUGUCAAAUUCCAAGGAAUCCAUCCGUCAUCAUUGCUAUUAAAAAAAUAAAGAAAUGUCAACCAAAAA